UAAGGGGGCUCCUGUAGUCCUGUCCUCUGCCAUUGUGUCUUUUGAGGGGAUUCGUUUUUUGACAUGUCAAAAUUGCAAUUCCAAUCGCCGAUGCCCCGUUUAUGUAAAGUUAUCCAAGAAUCGCUGUAAAGCGUGUCAAAAAUGACCACGAAGGAUAAAGACAACAAAAAUUUUCAGGAUAAACUGAAGCAGUUUUUUCGCCUCAACAAAGGAAACUUCAAAAGUCGAGCCGAUGUUACGCUCACUAUAGACAUUGAAAAGGAGAUUGGCCCAGAAACUCCAUUACAACACAGAGCCAAAGCAAUCAAAGAUCUCUGUGACACAGUUCUCAAUCAUCAAUGGGAAGAGACUGCAGCGGAACGCUUGUGGCUUCUAGUUCAAGACUUAUUGACUAAGGACAAGGAAGUACCCCGAGAAUACAGACACUUAGCUCUACAAUUUUUACGAUGUCUUGUGCAAGGGCAAUAUGGCAAACUUUCCCCAAUAAUGCGUGUUAAAUUCUUCAUGGUAGUUAAAAAUCAUGAGGUACCCGAAGAUAUUGGACCGAGAUUGGAACUGCUGCAGAGUUUGACGGAAAAUGGGAAAGACAUCAUACACUUAGAGGACAGGAUAGGACCACUUUUGCUAGAUUGGAUGCCAACGGUUACUGGAAUUGAUGGCAAGAGAGGCGCAGAAUUCUUAUCGCUGCUUGUUAAUGUUAUAAAGUUUAAUUCUGCCUGCAUCGAUGCAGAUAUUAUUUCGAGUUUGGUACAAUAUAUUUGCCAUCUGUGCUAUUGUAGUAGCAGUGCUGAGGUAGUUUCUGGAUGUUUGGAAGCUCUUGACGCUGUUGUUUGUUAUGGCAAUCUUCAACCAGAUUCACUGCCCACAUUCAUUACUGCUCUUUGCCGUAGCGUUAAUGUUGAAUCUUAUUGUCAGAUUAGUUGGAAGAUAAUGCGAAAUUUGCUGGGUACGCGCAAAGGACAUUCGGCUUUAUGUACGAUGUGCCGGUUACUCCAAGAUCCGAAUGUUCAGAGAGAUGUUGGUUUAUUACGAGGAGCUGUUUUCUAUAUCAAUAUGGGUCUUUGGGGCACACAGAGGGCUCCAAAGUUGAAAUGUACUCCUACGUCGGUCCUACCAUCUUUUCUUCAGGCGCUUCAAUGCAAUCACCCGAUUGUUAUGUAUGAAGUUACUCUUAGCAUCCAAAGAUUGGUGAAUAAGUAUGGGGAAGAGCUGCAAGAUCCAACCUGGGAUAGGAUACUGGAUAUAAUAGAGGAAGUUAUCACUCAUACAGAAACGAGCAGUCAACCAGCUUCAAAACAAGUAUCAGUGAGUCUCCACGAAACAAUCAAUAGUAUUGAGAACCUCCUGGAUAAUGGACAUUACAAUGGUUGUGUUCAGAGAUUUUACGAAUUGAUCGACCGCUGUUCUAAUUCCCGUCCGGAACUAUCCGUACUGAGAUUGAUCAGCUAUUUAUCAAACUACAUAAACCCAACUUGUCAGUUAUGGUUGUCAAAACUCAGUACGUUGAUGGAUCGGUAUUUCAAAAGUGACACGCGAACCAAUAUCAGAGUCAAAGCUCUUGACGUGUUGACUAAGGUUAUAAAAAUAAACAGAUCGAAAUAUGAAGAUGAGCUGAUAGAACGAAUUGUGAUACCACACUUACAGCACAUUGAUUCGGAUCCUGAUACUACUAUUCGUAAUGUUGCGGCUCAUUUGCUGGUUGAUCUCUGUAUCGAGUAUGAAACCAAACGAUGUUUAGAGAUAUUGGACAUAUUGGAAAAGAUAAUCAACAAACCCUUUUCAUCGGAAGCUCCCAUAGCGGUUGAUUCAGAUGCAAAGGAUGUGAAAACUGCCGUGAUCGGAGUCAUAAAUAUAAUGACUGUGAAAAUGUACCAAUUGCCUUCAAGCCACGUAAUACGAGCUUAUAAAUUGUUAGUCAAUCACUUGGAACAGCACUACAAAGAACCGACUAUAUUUUACAAUGUAUCCACCAUCAGGUAUUUAAUAUUCGAGGCUUUCCUGAAAAUCCGCGCCAAUACUCACUAUCAUCUUGGCUAUCCCGACGCUAACACUGGAAUCGUAACACGCUAUAGUCCUUAUUUGGUUCUGGAGCAUGCUCCGGCUGAUAGACUUGGAAGCAAUGCUAGCGGAGGAGGUGGAGCUAGUCCUCCCCCAGCCAGUCCUGCUCCAGUACAGCAUGUCUCAUGUCAGAUUACACACAUGUCACUCGCACAUGCUUGUAAAGCUGUAGUCACAUGUCUCAAGCAAGAAAAAGACUGGCGGGUUCUUCAGUUAUUACUCAAAGAAAUGCCUCAGGUCAUGCAAAACAGGGCACUUAUUCUUUCGAGGCAUACCAACGAUAUUGAUUGUCUUGCAGCAGCCUUAUGCUCGAUGGUAAUGGUCAGUGACAAAUCUGUGCGGUUACCGGAAACACUGUAUAAUACGCCAUCCAAAUUCACGAUGUCUGAAUUCAGAGGAUUUGUAUUUCCAGUACUGGCGUCAUUGGCAUCGUAUCAUGCACAUCUCGAGCCAAACUUGCAACAGAGACUUAUAAAAUGUUUAGAGCUUGGACUUACGACAAGAUGUGCAAGUCAAUGCGUCACUAGCCUCACAACUUGUACCUUGGAAAUGCGUGACGCAAUGAACAAGCUUCUAUCGGAGGUGCUGUUAAAUCUUUCAAAAAUCUCAGCAACCGUUUAUAUCGCUAUUCCAAUACUUGAGUUCCUGUCAACACUCACAAGACUGCCUAAAGUAUUUGCCAGCUUUAUUGGUGAUCAAUACAUGUCCGUAUUUGCCAUAUCAUUGCCAUACACAAAUCCGUUUAAAUACAACCACUAUACGGUAUCUCUGGCUCAUCACGUCAUAGCUGUGUGGUUUUUGAAAUGUCGUCUUCCAUUUCGAAGAGAUUUCGUCAAGUUUAUCACAACUGGAUUGAAAGCGAACGUGUUGGUUCCUUUUGAGGAAGGUCAUUUAAUGAAAUCUGACUUGAGCUUAAUCAAUGAAGAUUCAUCGAGUAGAAAACGAAGUUCCAGUUUAACAGAACAGGGUAGUAGAGGGCGCAGGGAACGCCCUAUAAUGGCUAAUCGUAUGAUAGGUGAAGGUCGGGCAUUGGAUUUAAAGCCACAAAUUGACGAAGCUCUGAUGACGUUUCAUGUUGAACUAACCGAAACGUGUAUAGACCUUAUGGCUCGAUAUACAUUUUCAACUUGCUCUGCAUUGCCGAAGAGACUACCGACGGCUGAAUUCCUUCUCAAAGAAGGUCAAUCGAUGACCUGGCUAGUGGGUCAUCGAUUAAUAACAGUGACAACAAGUGGAUGUAGCAGUAAAGCCAUGCGCAAUGGACUAUGUGACAAUUGUUGGGUUGCUUGUAAGUUUGAUUCUCUUCCUCCUGAACAUAGUUCGAGGUACGCGCAGUCGUCCCUACAACGUGCAUCUAGUGGAGAAGGUUCAAAGGAUGAAAAUAAACUUGCGAGACAAUCAUCGAUUGGACAUGGCGGCUCUAAUACCAAUACGACGUCGAAUUCCCCGAUUGAAGAAUCAAAGAAAUUACCUGAAGAAUCCGAUGUUCCAAAGUUGGAAUUCCCUAGUGAAAAGUCUGACAAAGAAUUGACCGAGCCUUCAAAACUGGAUCAAAUACUUUCCAGUGAAAAACAAGAACAUAUUCCAUGUGCUUGUUGGUGUCAGGGUUGGGCAGAAAUUUAUGUGAGGAGACCAACGGGUGACAUGUCCUGGGUCAUGAGAAUACAGAAUUCUAUGCAAUUCGAAACAUCUCCUUUAGAUUUCCCAGUCAAUGAUAUAACUACAUUGUAUAUGCCCACACCGCAAGCAACAACUAACAAAGUUCAAGAACCAAGUUCUACUCACGGUCAUCAAGAUAUUCAAGACGACGAUAUUCGGGAUAUACUUGAAAACAAUCUUGCGCAAUUGAACGUAGAGCCAGAAGGCGGGCUGUUGAAAUCUGUAACUUCAUCCUCAGUAUCAUCAGGACCAAUCGCUAUUCCAGGCUCUCCCGCUCGACGGAGUCCUUCACGUCAGAGUUCACGCGAUAGUCUUGAAGGCUUGGAAGAAGGCGACGAAGAUUUGAGGCGCUCGAGAAAUCCUGUAAGGAGAUCUAAUUCUAGUCCCGAAAUGAGUGCAAAUUGGAAGAAUCCUUUCCUCAACAAAGAUAAAUUAGUUCUUCAGAAUGAUCGGGAUCUCAACACGACAGAUCCGGAGGGCAAGCUUGAUCCCGAAGUGAAAAAGCAUACCAAGACUACGUAUGCCAAAGAUAUGAGAGUGAGCUGCGAAGCAAUACCAGAGGAGAUUUCUGGAACAGGGACAACUCCGCCGAUGUCGGAAGGCACUGUUGAUCAUCCAACUGGCCUACGUUCACAGCAUUCAUAUCCUGGUGCCACUCAAACAACGCAAACGUCCAAUAUUACGACGAGUAAUACCGUGCCACCAUCACCGACUGCAACACAGGCUCCUGGGAAUUUUCUUUCCCUCCAAAAUAGGGGUACUCCGAUACUAUCCGGUGUUCCAUCACAGAUGCAGGCUUCUACUGGAAAACCGCCGCAGUCUCCCACGCAGCUUUAUUCGCGACUGAGUAUUAUCCAUGAUUCUGGAUUGAAGCAAUCGCCAUUGGCUAUCGACACUAAACCUCCCAUUGGCAGAAAUCAUCCCGUUGACAAAAAAGACGAUAGACCAGAUCCAUCAACUUUACCACCAUUAACUUUCCGUGAUCGGGGUCACACAAUAUCAGUAAUGAGUCCAGUUAAAAAAUCUCGCGGCGAAUGGGACAAUAUUCGUCGUGGGAAUUCCCCACGCAGCAAAGACCCUCCUCGGACCGGAAUAAAUCCUAGCUUCGUCUUCUUGCAGUUGUACCACACCGCUCAUUUUGGUACAACUGAGGAAAAACCAUUGUUAGUUUCCCAAACAGCAGCUGUGCAAAGAGCCGUUAAGGUUUUGGACGCGAUUCCUCCUUACGAAACACAUAAGAUUGGCGUAAUAUACAUAGGGAUUGGUCAGGUAUCAAACGAAGUAGCGAUUCUUGGCAAUCAACACGGCUCAUUGAGAUAUGCAGAAUUUUUGCAGCGCCUAGGGACUCUUAUCAAAUUGAAAGAUGUUGAUUCGCAAAGUAUAUUCCUGGGAGGGCUCGAUCGAAAUGGUGAAAAUGGGAACUUCGCAUACAUUUGGCAGGACGAUGUUAUGCAGGUCAUAUUUCACGUCGCUACAUUAAUGCCAACCAAGGAAAGCGAUCCGCAAUGUACUGGCAAGAAACUACACAUUGGGAAUAACUACGUUAACAUUGUAUAUAACGAAAGCGGCGAGCCAUAUAAUAUACAAACUGUGAAGGGGCAAUUCAAUUAUGCCUGUGUUGUUAUUCAGCCUCUUGACCAUGGGACAAAUAGAGUCACGGUCCAAGCACGAGAGGAGCUUGCAGAACACAUUGGACACAGCGAACCUAAGAUUAUUUCAGAUCAAAAUCUAGCUAUUCUUGCACGUCAACUCGCCCUUCAUGCCAAUCUUGCCUCGAUGGUUUCAUCAUCUCUAAAAACCAAAGGUCAUAAUCCCUAUGCCUCAAAUUGGCUCGAAAGACUGCGUCAAAUUAAACGGCUGAGAAUACGUGUUCUACAAGAGUCUGCCGCCAAUAAUCCCGACGGACCAUCUGAUGAUUUGUCUCCAAGAUCGAACAAGAUAGUCCACAUGGAUGACUUUACAGAGUACACCACAUAAUUGUUGUUCGUAUAAUUUGUACUGAUAUGUAACUGAAUGAAAAAUUAUGUUAAAUAUAUUAGUCUGAUACUCAAAA